GAUUUUCUCAUUCUCCAUCAUUUAUAAAUGCUUAUCCAAAACCACCCAUCGAUAAGAGUAGUCUUCUUCUUCACUCUAUCGUUCAUCACAUGUCGUGAAGUUCGAUAUAUGAUCUAUCAGUCUGUGAGCCCUGUUCCUUUUGCUUUCUUCAGCCCAAGGUCAUAUGAAAUAGGCUUCUUCAUUUCACUUUUAAAUUGUUUGGCUGCUCACAUCAGUAGAGGGUCACAUGAGAGAGAUGCUCGUGUCUUGCACUGAAGUACUAACCUCGCAUAAGGUGAAGUCCCUAUGAGCUUUCACAGGAUUUAUAGUGGCUACCAUCUUUAGUGUUUCCUCACAUGACCAAAUCUACUUGUGCAGUUAGAGUUUCUUUUUAGAUUAUUGAGUGCUUUCCUAUAUGUAUAUGUACACAAAAUUUCUUGACUAGCUAGCUAGCUAGCUCUUCUCUGUAGAAGAAUAUUUCUGGGAUUUUCCAUCCCUCCAUGUGUUUUAUUGGGCUCUGUAAGUCUUUUGGCUUUUCCAAAGACACUUGGCCCUUACCUCCCAUUCAUAACCACCACCUUUCCACUUGACAAAUAAAAUUUCAUCAGCAGAUUAUAUGGGCCAGUUGUGGCUCCUUGUGUGAAGAGGUCUGAUUAUCCUAAUUGGGCUUAUUGCUGUGGGUGUGAGCUUGAGAGAGAGAGAGAGAGAGAGAGAGAGCUGUAUGGGGAAGCUUAGCUUGGGGAAGGUGCUAGAUUGUUUUUGUGUUUCUUCUGGCUCAAGCACUUGUUUCUGUAUGAACUCCACUGGAGCCCGAGAUGAGUUUGAGGGAAGGCCGCUGGUUGCAAGUGAAGAAGGGCAGUUACUGAGGUUGAAGGACGUGGUAGCUGGGAAGCAGACAUUGGCUUUUCAAUUGAAGCCCAAGACUGUUGUACUGAGAGUGUCCAUGCAUUGCAAUGGCUGUGCAAGAAAAGUUGAGAAACAUGUUUCCAAGAUGGAAGGGGUGACCUCUUACAAAGUAGACCUGGAAAGCAAGAGGGUGGUUGUGAUUGGAGACAUAGUUCCUUUGGAAGUGUUGGAGAGUGUGUCUAAGGUCAAAAAUGCUGAGCUGUGGAUCUCUCCUACCUCUUGAAAAACAUAGCACCCUACAGGCUACAGCACUCCACCACCACCCCUACAACUUAGGACAACACCCUUCCCCCAACCCACCAAAAAAAAACAGAAGAAAGAUAUACUCCAUGAAUAAUAUUUAUGAUUAAUUUGCACAAUACACAGUCCUCUGCACAAUGUCAAUGCUUGCCCUCUCUUCUACAGAGGAGACAACAAAUCCAUUCUGCAGCCAUGAAUAUUUAGAAUGUACAUUAAUUUAUUCUCCAUCUAUGUCCUGUUUUGUAAUUGAGAUAAUCAUUGCUUCCAC